AUGUCUGAACUAAAUCUAUCUCCACCAAUUGGAAUUCACUGCAUUGUUCACCAACAAGCACUAUGUGGGAAAGUUUUAGAUUUAGAAAAUGUUAUGUCUAUUGUAGUACAAAUUAUUAAUUUUAUAAGAUCACAUGGAUUGAAUCAUCGCCAAUUUCAAAAUUUUCUUUCAGAAAUAGAGUCUGAGUAUAAAGAUGUUUUAUAUCACAGUAAUGUACGUUGGCUAAGUAGAGGAAAAAUUUUGAAAAGAUUUUUUUUCCUGCGCCAUGAAAUCGAAAUUUUUUUAAUUGAAAAAAAUAAACAAUAUACACAAUUAAAUGAUGGUGAAUGGCUAUGGGAUUUAGCAAUAUUAACUGAUAUAACACAUCAUCUGAAUUUGUUAAAUCUAAAACUACAAGGAAAAGAAAAACUCGUAAGUACAUUGUUCGGUUCAGUAAAAGCUUUCCAAAAUAAAUUAUCUUUAUUUCUAAAUCAAAUUGAAGAAUUAAAUUUCUCCCAUUUUGAAUGUUGUGCUACUUUAAAAACAGAAGAUUGUGGUAUAUUUCCAAAACAAAGGUGCAUCAAAAUUAUUAACACACUUAUUCGUGAAUUUGAAAAUCGUUUUAAAGACAUUCGAACUAAAGAACCAAUUAUAAAUUUAUUUGAAAAUCCAUUUAAUAUAAAUCCGGAAAUUGUCGAAGCUUCUUUACAAUUAGAAAUUAUAGAACUCCAAUCUAAUAAUUCUUUAAGAACAACAUUUAAUAAUUUGACAAGCUCUCAAAAUCUUGUUCAGUUUUAUUCAAAUUUGUCUGAAGAAGAUUUUCCAAAUGUUCGGAAGUUUGCUGCUAAGAUGUCUUGUAUAUUUGGUUCAACAUAUAUUUGUGAGCAAGUAUUUUCAACGAUGAAAAUUAACAAAAGUAAAACUCGAUCUCGCAUCACAAAUGAACAUCUACACGCCGUUCUCCGAGUAAAUUCUACCAAAUUAGAACCUAAUAUUAAUUUCCUCUGUCAACAGAAACAAGCUCACAGUUCACAUUAA